AUCCCCGCCACAACGGCGCCGGCAGCGGCAUUAGCAACCUAACCCUCGCCCAACCGACACACUUCAACACACUGUACACCCGACCGGACCCUCCCACCACCCAUGGGCCUGUGCGUGUCGCUCGGCGGGACGGCCGGCGCCGAGGCCGCGCGGGCGGCGGCGCCCAGCUGCAAGUGCGGCACGGCGCUGGUGCUCAUGCCCAGCGGCGACAUGCGGGAGUACCCUUUCCCGGCGACGACGGCCGCGCGCGUGCUGGAGGACGCCUCCGCCGCCGCCGACGGCGGCGAUGGCUGGCUCCUGUGCGACGCGGACGGGAUGGGCUUCGAGGGCCCGGCCCCGCCGGCGGUGCCCCACGCGGAGCCGCUCCGCGCGGGGCAGCUCUACUUCGUGCUCCCGGCCGCCGCGCGCCGCCGCGGCCUGCGGCGCGAGGAGGUCGCCGCGCUCGCCGUCCGGGCCUCGGCCGCGCUCUCCUCCCGGGCCUCCGCAUCCGCCUCCGCCGCGCCGGGAAGGCGGAGGCGCGGCGCCGUCGUCGCGCCCCUCGUCUUCGCGCCACCGCCGGAGGACGAGGAGGAGGAGCGCGAGCAGCAGAAGUCGACGGCCUUGGCGGCGCCACCGGUGCGGCGGCCCGCGCGCCCCGGCAGGCGCCUCGUGCGGUUCGCGUCGGACCUCACCGCGAUCCCCGAGUGAGUAGGCGGGUCGGGCUCAGACGGACGGGAACGGAUUCGCUGCCAUUGAAUUGGCUCUGGAACUGGAAGCAGAGGACGAGGACGCCUGGAGUCGGGACGGACAGAGGAAAUUCCAGGCAGGCACCGUCAGAUUCUCAUCGAGGGGAGGCCCUGAUCACUGCACGUGCAAGUCAUGGACGAAACGUGAAUACAAAUGUAAAAAAUGAAUAGCGAUGAUUCAUGGUCUUACCAAGAUCGCUCCACAACUCACUUGCGUAGUUGCAUGUCG